GGGAGGGAGACGGGCGUGACUCGCGGUUGGUCUAACAUCCCGCCAACAUUAUCAGGGCCGGCUAGCUUCCGCCCCCUGAACACCCUGAUUGCCUACCCCUCCCCCUCGCCCCCCCUACACACGCACACCGUCCAAGCUCCACAUUCUUAUUCAGCCGCUCGCAAUAUUCAUCGGGGAAUGAGGGUCCUUCCGUCCGGGCUGAUCCUCCGCUGAAGAAUCAAUCGGUUAGCCGGGCGGCCGAUGGGUCUUUAAUCCCGGCGGCGACGACAUCAUGGGAUCCACAUCAGAAUCAUUCCGACAAGAUCACCAUCAUACACGCCGGCAAUGAAUACAUCCCCUCCGCCCAUUGGUCCGCCUGAUCAAUGUGGCAACAAUCGCAAAGCCAAUGAGGUGCCGCGGGGGGCGGGGCGAGGCGUGCCAUUGGCGGGACCGGGGCGGUGGGCGUGGCCAGCAAUGAUGGGAACGCUCAUACAAUAGAGUCUAACGAGGAUUACACGAAACAUAUCACAUGUAGGGUUUAUUUGCCUCAUCUGGAAGUGAGGAGAUGAGUGGAGGGUGAGCUCUCGCGGUGAGCAGAGUGCGCGGCGCCGACAUGGCCCCGCCCGCCCCCUAGACCCUCUUGGCCGCGUCCAGCUGACUCUUGUGCCUCUUGUGGAAACCUAAUUGUUGUUGGGAUAACGUGUGGCAGAUGCUGCCCAGCGUGGGCCCCGCUGGGGUGCUGGGUGGGGGGCUGCGGCCCCUGGGGCAUUCUGGUUUGCCCGCACACAACCUGCUGGGGUCGUUGGCGCCCUUCCCGCUGCCCUUCUCCACGGUGGCGUCCUCGGUGUCGGGCGGCCUGAGCGGCGUGACGGCGCCCUUCGUGGUGGAGUCGCUCAUGCGGGACCGGACGCUGGCGCGCCCCGUGGCCACUAAGCCGCCGCCUCUCCUGCUGCCGGACGACCCGCGCCACGACCACUACUACCACAAGGACGACGCUGCCGCUCACUACCUGGGGCUGCUGGCUCGCCCCGCGGGGCCGGACCGUCUCACACCGCCCGCCCCGCUGCCCUCACCGCCCCGCUCCAGGGAAGGGGACGAUGGCGGCCCCGGCGGGUGCGGGUGUGAGGGCGAGGGCGGCCACAGCCCGGGACCCGAAACCCCGACCAGCAAACCGCACCUCAAGUUCUCCGUGACUGCCAUCCUCGGCCACGACACCCACAGCAAUUCACGGCCGGAUCCGCUGCACAACGACCAUCUUGAAUCAGGUAUAGCCGCCUGGCUGCCGCCUUCACCGUCCCUCCACCCAAUGUGUAUCUUCUUCCCGAACAGCUCGAGUCAAGGACACGGAGAGCUUAAAAAAGAGAGCUGCAGCAGCAUAGUGGAGAGGACCGCCGCCAACCUGCCCCAGCUGGCCCGCCCGCGUCCCAUCCUGCACUCCCCCUUGCAGCCCCUCAUGUCCUGCCGGCCCCCCUACCUGAGCGUGUACGGCAGCGUGGGCGCCAUGGGUGGGGUGCCCUUGCCCAGCACCUUCCCGUGGGCGGCGAUGGGCGUGGGCGUGAGAGGCAAGCCGCGCCGGGGGAUGCUGCGACGGGCGGUGUUCAGCGACUUCCAGCGCAAGGGUCUGGAGGAUCGCUUCCAGGUGCAGAAGUACAUCAGCAAGCCGGACCGCAAGAAGCUGGCCGAGAAACUGGGCCUCAAGGAUUCACAGGUCAAGAUUUGGUUCCAGAAUCGUCGCAUGAAGUGGAGGAACUCCAAGGAGCGAGAGCUGCUGGCAGCGGGCGGCACACGGGAGCAAACACUGCCAACCAAGAAUAACCCGAACCCGGACCUCUCGGACGUGGGCGAGGAACAGCGAUCACCUUCCUCAGUCGGCCCCUCGCCCUCCUCUAAGGACGAACUCAACCUCCAGUCUUCUGAGGGAGCCCAAGAGUACCAGGGGCGGAGCGAGGACGAGUCUGGCUACCUUGGCCAGCAGGGCCGCCAGGAAAGCUUUGGGCCCCCGCUCGGGGCGUCACUGCCGGCCAAGAUUCAGAUCAAAGACCUCACGGCACUCUCGGGCUUCGGAAAGUCGUCGGCCGCGACCUUCUUCCCGUACCAGGACGCUGACGCCGACUACUCCGACGAGGACAUCAAUGUCACCGACGAGCUGGUGGCCUCCAACAACGAGGACAGCGAAAAUGACUAGUGCCUCGCGGCACGUCCUUCUUCAGCAGAUGGUUCCUCGCAGCUCCCGGGGUCUCGCAGAGGCCUGAAGCGGCUCCCGCGGUCAGAAAUGACUGUCUCCCUCGUGCAGGGUCGCCCUGACCCCUAAAACUUUACCAGUGUCAAUCUUGUGGUGGCCGUUGAUCUGCCGCGGCGGGCCAGGUCCUUCCGGAGCCACGCGUCGGGGAUCACGCCGGCUCAUCGUCCCCUUGCGUUGCCGGGCGAGUCUCGGCGGCGGCUUCUCGCAGCGAACACAAUAGUAGUCGCCGCUGCCCUUGACGCCCGAUUCCUAGCGAUCACAACCUCGCCUCUACGAACCAUCCAACGGCGGCAAAGAGGGCGCAGGGCUUGAUGGCGUCAGGGGAGACUCCAAAAUAUUCGUCACGUAGACUCAACUCAUCCCCUCACUGAAUCAUUAUUGUCCCCUCCACUCCUCCAUCAGACAGACCAAAGGCAGCGGGAUGAAAAAGGGGACGGGGGCCAUUUUGACAUCUUUUCAAACGUACCUGUAAUAGUGACCUGGCCAGCUGCUCGGCGUCGCCCGCCACCUAUAUGCGUGUGUAUUAUUCUACUGAUAAUAUUGUGAUAUACGAUCAUAUGUUAUCUUUCUACGCUUACUGUCUCCUCCUUUCCGUAAUAUUAAUUCCUGAUUUUGUAAAUAUAAGUUUAUGCCUUGGUGCGUUGGGUCGCUGGAGAGAGAGAGAGAGAGAGAGAGAGAGAGAGAGAGAGAGAGAGAGACCAUAAAAACAUAAGAAAAGUUUUUGAAAAAUUCGAUUAGGAAGCAAUUUUUCACAUCCUUUCUUUCGCUCUGAUUCCUUCCUCUCUCUCUCUCUCUCUCUCUCUCUCUCUCUCUCCCUUCCCUGACCACUCUUUGAUCCUCUUGAUGCUCCUCUUGCCACACACAAGAGGAAGAGGAAGAAGAAGAGGAGGAGGAGGAUCAGGAGGAGACGGAAGAGGCGGCGAAUGAGAGGAAGGGAGGGAAGUGGAGAGGAGUGAGAUUCGAGGCAAAAAGAAAGAAGCACAAACAUAAAGAUGAAAACAUUUGACUGAAAGUGAGAGAUAAAAAAAAUAAUGAGAAAGUAGAGAGUUAAAAAAAAAAAAAGGAGAUAGAAGAAUUGCCAGCGAUAAAUGAAUAGCGGAAAGCAAGAUAGGAAAGAAGUGAAAAAGGAGAAAGAUGCAAGAAUGUGUCAAAACUUUUUCAACGUGUUACUCAGUGGAAAGAACACCGAAGAAGAGUACAAAUAUGACAGUGAAUGAAAAAUGAAAGAACUGAGUAACGCAAAAGAAAGGAAUAGAAGUAAAGGAAUAAAAACAAAAUAUCGAAGGAAGAGUGUUGAUGAAGAGGAAGGAAAAUAAAAACUAUGGUGAUGAAUGUACAGGCCCACCACCACCACCACCACGACCACCACCACCACCUCCCCCACCGUCUCCCCCACCACCGCCGCCGCCUCAUCUUAAUUCCUCCUACCCCUCCCCUUACUCUUUGUCAUCGUUGUCCUCCUCCUCCUCCUCCUCCUCCACCUCCUCCUCCUCCUUUUAAUCAUCCUUCUCCUCUCCCUUAUGUAAGUCUGAUGGAAGAGUUCUCGCUAUAGAGUAAAUAAAAAUAAUAAAGAAAAUAAAUACUCAGUCAAUUCCAUAAGACAUUAACGAAACACUCCGAAAAGAAAUUAAUGAUGCAGACUCACACAAGACAUUUUAAAGGAAGUAAGUAAAAAUAGAUGUGUCAGUGUUUAAGGUUAUUUGAACAGUUGAAUAAGACAAGAAAUAUAAAAGUAAAUGCAAAAAGAGUAUUGUUCGCAUAUUCUGUCAACUGAAAACCGAGGAAAAACAGAUAGAUGUUAAUUUAAAGAGCUUAAGUCCCAUGAAUCAAUGAAUUAAGGGAGGGAAAACAAGGAAACCCGUCGACAAACAAAAGAGGAUCAGCGGCAGCAGCGAGAACAAAAGAGCAUCGAGGGAGCGGGAGAGGCGCCAGAACAGACCUCCUCGACUCGCUCACUCCCCUGUCGGUUCAUAACAAAACUUUCUCAUCUCAUUUUCUUUUCCGCGGAGGCUGUGUGUGUGAGGAGGCGUGAGGGGAGGAGAACCAACAGGCAGCGAGCGACCCACGUACACACACACACACACACACACACACACACACACACACACACACACAGAUACAUACAUACACGCACACAUACGUUAUAAAUACAAAGACACAUUACAAACACCAAGAUAGAAAUACGCAAACACACACACACACACACACACACACACACACACACACACACACACACACACACACACACACACACACACACACACACACACACACACACACACACACACACACACACACACACACACACACACACA